AUGAGUGACAGAAACAGCCAGUGGAGGACAAUGAAGACGGACGAUGAGGCCUUCGAUAUCUCCAUCCCCUUCGACCAGGCGCCCCACCUAGACUCACAGAUCUUUUACAGUCUGAGCCCCUCUCAGGGGAACUUUGAGGAGCCACCGGAGGCUGCAUCUGCGACCCUGGCCCUAAUGAAUGGCGUCAAGGCCCAGCUGCACAUGGCUCUGGAGAGGAACUCCUGGCUGCAGAAGCGCAUCGAGGACCUGGAGGAGGAGAGGGACUUCUUGCGGUGCCAGCUGGACAAGUUCAUCUCCUCCGCCCGAAUGGAUGCAGAGGACCACUGCCGGGUGAAGCCUGGGCCCCGGAGAGUUGAGGUGGACAGCCGGGGUGGGGUCGAGGCCUCCGACCCGGAGUCAGGGGCGUCCUCGCUCAGCGGAGGGUCUGAAGAAGGCAGCUCCAGUGAGAGGAAGAAACAGAAGCAGAAGGGAGGCACUGGACGGAGGCGCUUUGGCAAGCCCAAGGCUCGAGAGAGGCAACGGGUUAAGGACGCAGAUGGCGUCCUCUGCCGCUACAAGAAGAUCCUGGGCACCUUCCAGAAGCUGAAGAGCAUGUCUCGGGCCUUUGAGCACCACUGCGUUGAUCGCAACACAGUGGCACUGACCACGCCCAUUGCUGAGCUGCUCAUUGUGGCACCGGAGAAGCUGGCUGAAGUGGGCGAGUUUGACCCCUCCAAGGAACGCCUCCUUGAAUACUCCCGCCGCUGCUUCCUGGCCCUGGACGAGGAGACACUCAAGAAGGUGCAGGCCCUCAAGAAGAGCAAGCUGCUGCUGCCCAUCACCUACCGUUUCAAGCGGUGA